UCUCUUCUCUGUAUUUUCAUCAUCGGAAAGAUCCUAAACGCCACGAUGAUCCGUCGAAUACAAUCACGGUGCGAAUCGGGUUUGACUGGUUCAAUCUCCGCCGUCGAAGUCGUGAAGAAGAAAUUCUCGGCGGAUGUUAAGAUUCCUUCUCCGUUCACUCGCCGGCAGUUUUGCUCGGUGUCUCCGCUGAUUCGCAAUCUUCCAGAGGACGAAUCUGAUCCAACGAGUGUUCCACACCGGCUAUUCUCAAUUCUUUCUAAACCCAAUUGGCAUAAAUGUCCGUCCUUGAAAUCAAUGGUUCCUGCGAUAAGCCCUUCUCACGUCUCUUCGCUGUUCUCACUCGAUCUAGAUCCCAAAACAGCUCUUAAUUUCUCUCAUUGGAUCUCACAGAAUCCGAGAUACAAGCACAGUGUAUAUUCCUAUGCGUCCCUUCUUACUCUUCUCAUCAACAAUGGAUAUGUGGGUGUUGUGUUUAAGAUCAGGUUAUUGAUGAUUAAGAGCUGUGAUUCAGUGGCAGACACUUUGUUUGUUUUGGAUUUGUGUAGGAAGAUGAAUAAAGACGAAAGCUUUGAGCUUAAGUAUAAGCUUAUUAUUGGGUGUUACAACACAUUGUUGAAUUCGUUGGCUAGAUUUGGAUUGGUCGAUGAAAUGAAGCAGGUUUAUAUGGAAAUGUUGGAGGAUAAGGUUUGUCCCAACAUUUACACAUAUAAUAAAAUGGUUAAUGGGUAUUGCAAGGUGGGUAAUGUGGAAGAGGCGAAUCAGUAUGUGAGUAUGAUAGUUGAGGCUGGGUUGGAUCCUGAUUUUUUCACAUAUACGUCUUUGAUUAUGGGCUAUUGUCAAAGGAAGGAUUUAGAUUCUGCUUUUAAGGUCUUUAAGGAGAUGCCUUUGAAGGGUUGCCGUAGAAAUGAGGUUGCUUACACUCACCUUAUACAUGGUCUUUGUGUAGAGAGAAGGAUCGAUGAAGCGAUGGACUUGUUUGUGAAAAUGAAGGAUGAUGACUGUUAUCCAACAGUUCGUACUUAUACAGUUCUUAUAAAGGCUCUGUGUGGAUCAGAACGGAAGUCUGAAGCUCUUAACUUGGUUAAGGAGAUGGAAGAGAAAGGCAUUAAGCCGAAUAUUCACACGUAUACCGUGUUAAUUGAUAGUUUAUGCAGUCAAUGUAAGCUCGAGAAAGCAAGAGAGUUGCUAGGUCAGAUGCUAGAGAAAGGGUUGAUGCCAAAUGUAAUCACUUACAAUGCAUUGAUUAACGGGUAUUGUAAGCGGGGGAUGAUUGAAGAUGCGCUAGACGUUGUGGAGUUGAUGGAGUCACGUAACCUCCGGCCGAAUACACGCACGUACAAUGAGUUGAUAAAGGGGUAUUGUAAAAGGAAUGUGCACAAAGCAAUGGGAGUGCUUAAUAAAAUGCUGGAACGUAAAGUGCUUCCAGAUGUGGUCACCUACAAUUCAUUAAUCGAUGGGCAGUGUAGAUCUGGUAAUUUUGAUAGUGCAUAUAGAUUACUUAGUUUGAUGAAUGAUAGAGGAUUAGUUCCAGACCCGUGGACAUAUACUAGUAUGAUAGAUUCUUUGUGUAAAAGCAAACGAGUGGAAGAAGCCUGCGACCUGUUUGAUUCUCUCGAGCAGAAAGAUGUAAUUCCAAAUGUGGUGAUGUACACUGCAUUGAUUGAUGGAUACUGCAAGGCGGGUAAAGUAAACGAAGCUCAUCUUAUGCUUGAGAAAAUGUUGAGUAAGAAUUGCUUGCCAAAUUCGUUGACUUUUAAUGCCCUGAUUCAUGGGUUAUGUACCGAUGGAAAACUGAAAGAAGCGACGUUGUUGGAGGAAAAAAUGGUGAAGAUUGAUCUACAGCCUACAGUUAGUACAGAUACAAUAUUGAUUCAUAGAUUGCUAAAGGACGGGGAUUUUGAUCACGCUUAUAGACGUUUUCAGCAAAUGUUGUCCUCUGGAACAAAGCCCGAUGCACAUACUUACACAACAUUUAUUCAAACUUAUUGUAGGGAAGGGAGACUGCAAGACGCUGAGGAUAUGGUGGCAAAGAUGAAGGAAAAUGGUGUUUCCCCAGAUUUGUUCACUUAUUCUUCUCUGAUUAAAGGUUAUGGGGAUCUAGGGCGGACAAAUUCCGCAUUUGUUGUCCUCAAGCGCAUGCAUGAUACUGGUUGUGAACCUUCUCAACAUACGUUUUUGUCUCUGAUCAAACAUCUGCUAGAGAUGAAAUAUGGAAAAGUGAAAGGCGGUGAACCAGGAGUUUGUGUGAUGUCUAAUAUGAUGGAGUUUGAUAUUGUUGUUGAACUUCUUGAGAAGAUGGUUGAACACGGGGUAACUCCCAACGCCAAAUCCUACGAGAAACUGAUGCUAGGGAUCUGUGAAAUUGGAAAUCUCAGAGUUGCGGAAAAGGUGUUUGACCACAUGCAACAAAAGGAAGGAAUAUCUCCUAGUGAGUUGGUUUUCAAUGCGCUUCUUAGUUGUUGCUGCAAGCUGGAAAAGCAUAACGAAGCAGCAAAGGUUGUAGAUGAUAUGAUUUGUGUUGGUCACUUACCGCAACUAGAGUCUUGCAAAAUCUUGAUUUGCAGGCUAUAUAAAAAAGGAGAAAAAGAGAGAGGGACUUCGGUUUUCCAGAAUUUGCUUCAAUGUGGUUAUUAUGACGAUGAAUUAGCUUGGAAGAUCAUCAUUGAUGGCGUGGGGAAGCAGGGACUUGUAGAGGCAUUUUAUGAACUAUUCAACGUUAUGGAGAAAAAUGGCUGCACGUUUAGCUCUCAGACAUAUUCACUGCUAAUCGAAGGACCUCCUGAUAGCACAUAAAGGGCCUAUAUUAUAUCAAUUUGCCAGAGGAUCAUGCAAUUCUAUGGAACUCAUAUUCUUUUGAUCCAUGACUCGACCUGAAAAAUCUGCAAGUAGCCUUGUAUCUUGUGAUAUUGCUACAGGUCAUUCAAUAAGGGUCAAACCAUGGUGUAGUCGUUUCUCAGAUUCAUCUUGAUUCUUGGAUCAUUGACUUUGAGACACAAAUAAGGAGUGAAUACUGCAGCCAAAGGCUCACUAUUUACUUAUUAAGGCACUGCAGUCUGCAGAUGUAAAUUCUUUAAAUGAGUUGUCUUUUUGCUUGAAGAGAAGGCCCUUGAAGCAACCUCGUUAAGCUUUCUUGUUUAUUAGGGAGUAGAUCAAAUACAUGAAAAACAGACCAAUGUUGGUCCGAGGAGGUCGGAGGAUGUUGUGUUUCUUUCAGCCCAGAGGAUUAUUGUUUUCCUUUGAUAUUACAACCAAAUUCUUUUUUUCCAUCUUUUUACACUUUCAUACAAUAUAAAGAAGAUUCACACUGUUGUCAAAAAAGAAAAAAAAAAAAAAAAA